AUGACAAUGGCAUUAUCGCCUGAUAGUAUAUCGGAUGUCAAUUACAUUCUUCCACCUGAUGUUCAAGGCGAUAUUUAUCAGAAUUAUUCAGUUGUUUAUGCUCUACCUUUAUCAAACCAUGAUAAUAGUAGCUUAAUGGCCAUUGCGGCUUUUUAUGCUAUGCUUUUCAUGCUUGGAUCAUGUGGGAAUGCUGCUAUCUUGGCUGUCGUUUAUCACGUCAAAAGCAAUGAUUCCAGAUCUCGUCACAACACAACAUUAACGUAUAUCUGUGUCCUUUGUAUUGUGGAUUUUCUCAGUAUGCUACCACUACCAAUGACCAUAAUCGAUCAGAUUCUUGGCUUUUGGAUGUUUGGCACAUUUGCUUGUAAACUAUUUCGGUUACUUGAACAUAUCGGAAAAAUUUUUUCAACAUUCAUUCUGGUUGCCUUCAGUAUAGAUCGUUAUUGUGCUGUAUGCCAUCCCCUCAAGGUUCGAGUUAGAAGUCAAAGUACUGUAUACUGGCUAUUGGGUGGAAUGUUUUGUGUAACAUGUAUUAUGCUAUUUCCAAUUUUACUAUAUGCUCAUUCAAAGGAGUUGGUCAUUCAUGAAAAAAUUGACAUGGCUCAGGAAACAAUCACGCGAAUGCAUUUAUACAAAUGCGUUGAUGAUUUGGGUGAUAAGCUGUUCAUUUUCUUCACUUUAUACUGUUUCAUAUUGGCUUACGCUGUUCCAUUAGUUAUGAUGGUUUAUUUCUAUUACGGUAUGUUGAUACGCCUUUUCAAACAAGCUCGAGCUGUUCGUCAAACUUUAACUAAUGGACGUCGAAAAGGUGUCGAAGAGAAGAUUCCCAUAGGCCACAUUGCUGUCUAUACGCUCGUCAUUUGCAUUGUUCACUUCGUUUGCUGGACACCAUAUUGGAUAUCCGUUGUUUAUUCACUUUAUCAAGAGAUUGUCGACCCUUAUACAAUGACUGAACCGACGUUCAGCUACAUUUAUAUAAUGUAUGGAGUUCAUGCGUUGCCAUAUAUCAAUUCGGCUUCCAAUUUCAUCUUAUAUGGAUUGUUGAAUAGACAGCUUCAUCAAUCCUCCGAUAGGCGAUAUGGCAAAUCAAACAGAAAUCAUCAAGCGACAGCUCUUCCUCCGGCCUUACGACUUACAGAAUGCUCUGAAAUGGUCAACCAACAUUCAUGUGUUAUGGAUUCCUCUGCUCGCACUCCCCCCUCAGAAUCAGCUAGAAUGACCGAACAUAGCCCGUUGAUGUUGAAAACGAGCGUCGGAUCAUCUCGUGGCCCAUCACCCAGUUUUUCAAAUAAUAAUGGCUUUGUUCCUUCACCAUCAGUUAGACCAGAAUCGCCGGCUAGAUUGAACAAAAAUGAAGAAGACUCGAUAGUGAUGUAA